UUGGCUUGUUUAUCUACAAUUGACUCGAAUUAUAAUUUCUCAAGUCAAUGAACGUCCUAUAUCAUAUUGAAACUUGUUGGCCAUAAGUUUUCCUCCAAGACUUGAAAAAACAGUGCAGUGUUUGUUAAUUUCUCCUCUAGAACUAACCUUCUUCUCUUUCUUUAAGUGGUCAGCUAGAAAUGCCUGAAGCCAGAAGUUCAUGUGCCUGUAGCGGCUGUGGUUCGCUGUUCUUCUCACUCCUGUGCAUCUUCCUCAUCUGGGUUAUUGUCCUUCCCCGAAACCCUAAAAUCACAAUCACUGAUGCCCAUCUCACGCAGUUCAGUUUCACCAACAUCACCACCAACAGCACCCUCCACUACAACCUUGCCUUCAACCUCACCAUCAGAAACCCCAACAAAAGGCUUGGCAUCAGCUACCGGCGCAUCCGAGUCAUCGGUAACUACCAAAAGAAGCGGUUUGCCCUAGUGACUCUGCCUAACACGACAGUACCGUUUUACCAAGGCCACAAGAACACCACCUUUCUGCGUGACAUAACUGUUCGAGGGCAGCAGGUGUUGAAGUUUGGUGAAAAGGAGAUUUCUGAGUUUAACAAGGAGACUGCUGCCGGAAUUUACACUAUCGAUACAGUGCUUGCUCUUCGGGUGAAACUCAGGUUGGGCACGAUCAAGUUUCACAACUAUGGCCCAGAAAAUAUCCACUGCAAGCUGAAACUUCCUUUGAGAACUACAAAUAGUACUCUUAAUCAAACUUCCAGCGGCAAUAUCACUCUUACAAAGUGCGGGGAUGUCUCUGCGGUUGCUGGUUUCUUCUUGUCAUGGUUUUCAUGAAUGUUAUGAAUUUCAUCUUGUAAUUCCAUUUGUCAAUUUUUUUUAUAGAUGUGUCGUAUAGUAAACUGAUUCUUCGAUCUGUAAUCCAAAAAAUAAUAAAGGAUGCUAGUGGUGCUUGAUUGACUCGUAAUUGAGGCAUAGUAGCAUG